CCUUCAUGUUCAUGUCAGUUUUAUGCACAAACCUCCAAAUAAAGUGUUACUGUGCUAUAAAAUGGCCCUUCAUGACUCUAAAACACUCAAACUGCCCCUUAAUCAACUUGUUUUAACUGAAGUUUUCUCUGCUCUGUCCUCAGAGCUCAGAAAUGUCUUCUGGCAGAAACCUGCAGUCUAAAGAUCAGAUUCUUUGCUCCAUCUGUCAGGAUGUCUUCACUGAUCCAGUCACCACAUCAUGUGGACACAACUUCUGCAAAACCUGCAUCACUCAGCUCUGGGAUACAAAUCCUGAAANGCUGAAGAAGAGGAGCUCUGAGGUGAAGCAGCUCUCACAGGAUGAAGAUCCCCUCCACCUCCUCCAAAGCUUCUCCUCCCUGAAAGAUGCUCCACCCACCAAGACCUGGACAGAGGUCAGAGUUCAUCCACCAUGCUAUGGGGGGACUGUGGAAAGAGCUGUGGUUCAGCUGCAGAAGGAGAUGAAGAGGAUGAUGGAGAAAUUGAUGAAGGCUGAGAUGAAGAGGAUCCAGCAGUUUGCUGUUGAUGUGACUCUGGAUCCUCAUACGGCUCAUGCUGAACUCAUCCUGUCUAAUGAUGGAAAACAGGUGAAAGAUGGAGAUGAGAAGAAAAAUCCUUCAUACAAGCAAGAGAGAUUUAAUCAGUGUGGUAAUGUUUUAGGACAGCAGAGUUUCUCUUCAGGCAGAUUUUACUUUGAGGUUCAGGUUAAAGGAAAGACUAAAUGGGAUUUAGGAGUGGCCACAGAAUCCAUCAACAGGAAGGGAAAAAUUGCAUUGAGUCCUCGGAACGGUUUCUGGACUAUUUGGUUGAGAAAUGGAAAUGUGUAUGAAGCUCUUGCUGGGCCUUCAGUCCGUCUCCAUCUCCAUCCUGGUCCUCAGAAGGUCGGGGUGUUUGUGGAUUAUGAGGAGGGUCUGGUCUCCUUUUAUGAUGUAGAUGCUGCAGCUCUGAUCUUCUCCUUUACUGGCUGCUGCUUCAAGGAGAAACUCUACCCAUUCUUUGGUCCAUGYYYUAAUGAUGGAGGUAAAAACUCUGCUCCUCUGAUCAUCUGUCCUGUUGAUCGUUGAUCUGAUGAAGAUGAUGAUGAUGAAUCUGAGUGACUCUGCAGGUGAAGUCCAGCUGCUGGAGAGCAGAGCUUGGAAACGACCUCAGCAGGAAGUUGGUUAUUUUCUGCUUCAGCUUCUGAUUAGUUAUAAAGUCAAAUCAAUUUGUUUUACCUCAGAGUUUAUUUCACUUCUCCACUGAUUGUUUCUUUAAUUGUUUUAUUGAUGAUCAGUUUUAAACCUGCAUUAAAUGUUUCAACCUGUUCAUCAAAUUAAAACUGAUAUCUAAUAACAUUUAAAGCAUUUUCCCUCAUUAGUUCUG